UAGCCACACGAGGACCUUGCCCCUACGCUCUCGACCUCUCCAGAGUUCGCCAAUCAGCCGGAGGACCAAGCCCCUGCACUGCACCCAACUCUCUAUCCGCCUCGCCGGAGGACAGCCGCCGCCGCCACCGCCGCCGCUUGCGCCCUGAAGAUGGACGCCGUGGGCGCCCGCCUCAGCCGCUCCUCCACGCGGUACGGCCCCGUCGGCAGCAGCAACGCCUCCUUCAGCGGGACCGUCAGGAAGUGGCGCAAGGCGUGGGCCCCACUCGCUGGCGGGGCCAGCGGCGGCGGCGGCGGUGGCGCGGGAUCCGCCUCCGCCGGUAUGGGCCCCAUUGGGUGCCCCAGGGGCAACAAGAUGGUGCUGCUCAAGUGGGCGCCGGUGAACGGCGCCGGCGCCGACGACGGUAACGGUACCGGCAAGGAGGUCGCCGCGGCCGCCACCAGGCGGCGAUACGUUCCGGCUUUGCCGCAGAACCCUACCAGAAAAAGUGGCAGCACCGAGCUAAACUUGAACCUUGGUUUGGAAGAUCCAGAUGAUGACAGCGAUGCUGAUUUGAGCGCAGACGAACAACCUGACUCGAGCAGCACCCCGCGUUCAGAAAACCGUCUGAAGAGGAAAGUGUUUUAACUGUCGACCUCGGAGAUUAGAAUCUAAGGAGCUACUCCAUAUAGCACAGGAGUUCUGAACCAUCUGAACGUGAGUGCGUUUGCAGCCGUAACCUUAUUAGUGCCUCUUCUGGGGCAUGUAGCUUGUAUCAGAAACCCUCCCUUCUUAUUUAGUAAAGACGCACUGAUGUUGUUUCGUCCUAAUGGGAAUGCUUAUCACCUUGUUAUUCUUCUUGUAUAAAUUGUCAUGAAGUUAUGAGGGAACUGGCAAUGUACCAGCUUGUUUUGUAGCUUUUGUUA